UGUUCUUUUCUGUGUAUUUCUAUACAUGUUAAGAGUUCCUAUGGGACAGAGUUGCUGAAAUGUUCCAAGUGCGUGAAAGUGAAACUCCUGAAGACAGGGUGGUCGAAAUCUUGUCCAGGUUGUCGCCCAAGUCUCUGUUGCGAUUCAAAUGCAUACGCAAGUCUUGGUGCACUCUUAUCAAUAGUCCAAGUUUUGUGGCCAAACACCUCAGCAAUUCCUUGGACAACAAACUCUCAUCCUCCACUUGUAUCCUUCUCAACCGUUCUCAGUUUCACAUUUUCCCGGAUCAGAGUUGGAAACGUGAAGUUUUAUGGUCCAUGAUUAAUCUUUCCAUUGAUAGUGAUGUGCACAACCUUCAUUAUGACGUUAAACCCUUAAAUAUACCGUUUUCUAGGGAUGACCAUAAUCCUGUACAGAUUCACGGGUAUUGCAAUGGCAUUGUAUGUCUAAUAGAAGGGGAUAAUGUUCUUCUAUGCAAUCCUUCAACGAGGGAAUUCAGGCUUCUUCCCAAUUCAUGCCUUCUUGUACCCCAUCCCGAGGGAAAAUUCGAAUUGGAAACGACCUUUCACGGAAUGGGUUUUGGCUAUGAUUGCAAAGCUAAUGAAUACAAGGUUGUGCAAAUUGUAGAAAAUUGUGAGUAUUCAGAUGAUGAGCAAACAUAUCAACAUUGUAUUGCUUAUCCUUACACGGCUGAGGUAUACACCACGGCUGCUAACUUUUGGAAAGAGAUCAAGAUUGAUAUAUCAAGUUCAACCCAUCCCUAUCCCUUUUCUGUGUACUUGAAGGGAUUUUGUUAUUGGUUUGCAACGGAUGGCGAAGAAUGCAUACUUUCAUUUGAUUUAGGUGAUGAAAUAUUUCAUAGAAUACAAUUGCCUUCUAAGAUAGAAUCCGGUUUUAACUUUUGUGGGCUUUUUCUUUAUAAUGAAUCUAUCACUUCUUAUUGUUAUCGCUAUGAUCCAAGUGAGGAUUCUAAAUUAUUUGAAAUAUGGGUAAUGGAUGGGUAUGGCGGUGUUAAGAGUUCAUGGACAAAACUCCUAACCGUUGGUCCUUUUAAAGGCAUUGAGUAUCCAUUGACACUUUGGAAAUGUGACAAGCUUCUUAUGGUUGCCUCCGGUAGGAGAGUCACCUCUUAUAAUUCGAGUACUGGAAAUUUCAAGGAUCUUCAUAUUCCUCCAAUUAUGCAUCAGGUUACAGAUUUGCAAGCUCUUAUUUAUGAGGAAAGUCUUGUUCCAAUUAAAUGA